AUGCGUCCCUUAAUUAUCUUAGAUGGUUUUCAAAUCAAUUCAGUGACUUUGAAAGAUGUGGAUACUGAUAAAAUUUUAUGGGAAGUGAAUGAGGAUUUAAGUUUACCGUAUAUGAUGCAUGAGGCUCAUAUACCCAAAAAAAUAUUACAAAGUCGUGCAAUAUAUCGUGAAAUUGUAUUUAGUACAUUGAUAGAAAUUAAUUUAUUACGUUUGGAACAAAAAGUCUUGUUUAAAGGACGUUGUUUAGAAGAAUGGUUUUUUGAAUAUGGUUUUGUACCAUCAAAUACAAGACAAACAUGGAUUAGCAUAAUUGAAAGUACACCAGAAAGUCAAAUGAUGCCAGCAAAGAUAUUAAAUGGUAAUUUAAUCAUUGAAACAAAAUUUUUUAAUGAUAAUCUAUUAAUAACAACCUCACAAGUUCGACUCUUUUAUGAAUAA